AUGAAUUCCGGUGUGGAGGAGAACACGCGAGUGCCCAAAGAACAAUGUGAGAAAUCUGGAGAAUUAUCACCAUCCGAAAGCAAACGUAUGCGGUUGGAUGAUGGAUGUAACAACAAUCUAAAUAGCACUCUAAAUAGUGCUUCAAAAAAUGGAGCAAGAUGGUCAUGCACUGGAGAUACCAGUCUUGUGGAACCGGAGAUAUUAGAAGACAUGGGGGUCAGUAUGCUGCAGGAUGAAGAAGUAAGCUGUGAGAGUUUAAAGAAGUUACAGUCACAGGAGUGCACUAUUUCACCUACUAGUUCAGAAAGCAGCAGACAGCUGCCUUCUAUUGAUAAUGGAUUAUUUGAGGGCCAAGAUGUAAUAUUUAGAGGAAGUAGCUGUGACACCAUUAGUAUAGAUAGACUGGAACAGGAUCCAUUUGAUCUCGAAGAUCCAAAUGGUUACCAUACGAACAUGGAAAAUGAAUCUGGCUAUGCAUCAAGAGUAGAAGCAGAAACAUUUGGAGACACUAAGCAGAGUUUUAGUAAAGAGGAUGUGGCUGAUACAUCUGAUAAGAGUGACCUGGAUCAGUUUUGGUUAUGCAGGAGAAAGAGGAAAUCGUCAAUUGUAGGAGAGGAUAAAUUUAAUAAAUUAUCAGAUGAAAUGAUCCUUAUGAUUCUUAAAUGGUUACCCAAGAAAUGCCUGGUUCGCUCGAUGUUGGUUUGCAAAAGGUGGUGUCAGAUAGCUCGGGAUGAAGCAUUAUGGAUUCGUUUAGAUCUUGGUGGUAAGGUUCUAAAUGAAGGUACUUUAGGUCACAUACUACCACGUGGAGUGCAAAUCCUGAGGCUUGCACAAGCAGAAAUUGCUGAUCCAAUAUUUCAUCCAAACAGUGAUGUACUUUUCGAUGGCUAUGUCAGCAAACUGCAAUAUUUGGACUUAUCAAUGUCGGUGAUAUCUCCCAGUGGCUUAGCGAGUCUUCUUUCCACAUGUAAAUAUUUGAAGAAAUUGUCACUGGAGAAGUGUACACUAAAUAAAGCCUGUACGAAGGCAAUUAGCAAGAACGCUGAUCUGGAAAUGUUAAACCUCACCAUGUGUGAAGGUAUCCAUAUUGAAUGUGUGCGAGAUCUAAUGAAGCUUCGCAGGCUAACUGCACUCAAUAUGGCUUGGUGUGUAUUGGACUCGGAAUCUAUGGAAUUCCUAUGUGCAUCGUUACCCCCAUCUAUAACACAACUCAAUAUUGCAGGUUGUCGAAAAACUAUGACAGAUAAUAAUGUAAAAGAACUAGUGAAAAGCUGCCCAGACAUUGUUGAGCUCGAUCUGAGUGACUGUACAAUGCUAACCAUAAACACCGUGCAUAGCCUUUUGAAUUUUACAAAAUUAGAGCACUUAUCACUUAGCCGUUGUUACAGUAUUCCACCCUCGACAUAUAUGAGAUUGGCUUAUAUGAAGAGCCUAUUGUACUUGGAUAUCUUUGGCCUAUUGGAGGAAGCUACGCUUUCAUCGUUGCAAGCAAAUUGUAACGAAACUGCAUUCAAUAAGUUUCUAUAUAGUUCCGUUGCCAGGCCAACCGUGGGUGUUCGAAGAACAAGUAUUUGGGGAUUGCGUGUUAGGGAUUAGAUUGAAGAGUGAAAAGCGGUAAUUAUUCGAAGUUACUUACAAAAUGGCACUGAACGUUGUAACCAAAGGUAUACUAACCAACAAACGAACUGAACUGACUGUUUUAACCCGACAUCUUUGCCUCAGCCAAAUCAUAUUUCUUGGUUUCGAGUAUUCGCUGAACUGAAAUACACGACUGGUAAUGAGCGAAUGUUUGUAGCACUUGUUGGUAUGAUUGACUUAUAUUUGUAUACGGAAAAAGGUGCUUGUGGAAUACCGAGUCAGAAUCAAGUAAUAUCCUUUGCUACUGGUGGGAUUGUGUGAAAGUAUUUUUUGAAUGCAUAAGUGACUAUAUGUAGAUAAAUCCUAUUCGGCACUUAGACUAUAUUGUGUUCACUCAUUUAUUUCAUAAAAAAUUUCGCGAAUAUUAACUGAAUCAAUCAUUUGUAUUUAAGGUGCAGAUAAGAGUUUAAUGUUAUGUAAUUGUUAAUUGAGAGAUUAAUGCAGGGCUAAAUGAGAACUAAAUGAGACAAUAAGUGUGCGUUGUUUGGUAAAAAAAACUAGGGAAAAUAAAUAUACGUUCUUUUGGUUGUGUUUCUCGAUUUAUAACUUAACAUCGCUUGCUCACAUGUACAUACGUGCUUUUAUCUGCACGUUUUGCGGUACGCUUCCACUUCUAUUAUAUAUGAAAAUACAAUCAGCGAGCAAUUAAAACUGAGUAAUUUAGGAAAUUGUUUAUUUAUAUAGAGCUGUAAUAAUUGCUUAUUCUACGCAAAAGCAUUUUUUCUUAGUCUCUUGCAAGACUAUCAAAAAAUGCUUUUUGUAAUGAUAUCCUUUGUUGAGGAUUUUAUUGUUUGUGAUUCAUUUUUCUAUAUCAUGAUACUAGACGUAAUAUUGUACAUUACUUUUAAGAUUGGGGAAAGUUCUUCCAUAAUAUGAAAAAAGAUAUAAAUAUUUUCUAUUUGUAGAUGUGAAUUCUGUCUAUUAUGGAUAACCAUGUUAAAAACACGAAUAUAUUAUGUACAUUGUAUAAAAUAAAUCAUUCGAUGAAACGUGA